GGCAACUUCCUCUAGGGGGAGCUGGUCAUCGCUGGGCACUGCCGGCACCUCUAUGAUCGCUGGAGUCGCGCGGGUCCCUGGGCCCGGCAGGGCACACGCAGAGAGGCUUCAUCUAGACACCAGGAAUUCCCUGACGCCAGUUCCUGGAAGACGGGCCUGGAGCCCUGCGCCUGGGGAGCAGCCGGCAGCCCCUCGGAAUCAACCUCGGCCCUUCUGAGCCAGCCCAGGUCUGCGUCCAGUGUCUGGGCAGGCUGACACAGUCCUCCCCUGAAACCUGAAAGAUGGCAUCGGGACAAGGCCCCGGCCCUCCUAGAGAGAGCUGUGAAGAACCUUCCUCGUCCUCAGCUUCUGAGCAGCAGGUAGCCCAGGACACCGAGGAGGUUUUCCGCAGCUACGUUUAUUACAGCCACCAGCAAGAGCAGGAGGCCCAGGGGGCAGCUGCCCCUCUCGACCCUGAAAUGGUCAACUUACCUCAAGACCCUAACAGCGUUAUGGGGCAGGUGGGCCGGCAGCUCGCCAUCAUCGGAGACGACAUUAACCGGCGCUUUGACUCCGAAUUCCAGAACAUGCUACAGCAGCUGCAGCCCACAGCUGAGAACGCCCCCGAGCUCUUCGCCAAGAUCGCCUCCAGGCUGUUUGACAGCGGCAUCAGCUGGGGCCGCGUGGUGGCUCUCUUGGGCUUUGGCUAUCGCCUGGCCAUGCAUAUCUACCAACAUGGCCUGACUGGGUUCUUCAGUCGAGUGACUCGCUUUGUGAUCGACGUCAUGAUGCGUCACUACAUUACUCGGUGGAUUGCACAGAGGGGUGGCUGGGUGGCAGUUCUGAACUUCAGCUAUAGACCUAUCUUGAAUGUGUUAGCGGCCCUGGCUGUGGUUCUGUUGGGCCAGUUUGUGGUACGAAGAUACUUCAAAUCAUGACUCCUAGGCUGGCUCUUUGGGGUUCCAGCUGAGUGAGACCUCUGGACUUCAGCCCAAACGUCUUCCUUCCCCUUCUUUCCUGUAGACCUGUCCCUCCUAGCCCCAAGACUACAGAAGCUUUAGCAAACAGGCACUCCAGUUUGGAGAGCCCUGGCCCAGGGGUCAUUCAGGCUGCAUAGCCACUCCAGCAUUACAUGGUGCUAACAGGCGCCCUCUCUAGGCCCCAUCCUGUCAGAGAGUGGCUAUAGCCUCUUCCUUUAGCUCUCUGGUGUUGAAUGCUGGGGAGGCUGAUAUCGUAGCGAGGCAAGAGGCUGGGGACCAUGUCUUCCCAGGAAGUUUUUUUUUUUUUAAUGGUUUUUGCUUUUUAUAUUAUCCUCGAGAGAUGCUCCCACCCUUUCCCACCAUUGCCCAAAGUCGGGGCAUCAGUGCUAUGAGACUCAGUGAAUCCCCCCACCUUCCUUGUCCCCCAGGAUUGGUCUAUUCCAGAACGUUGGAGCCUGAGAGAUGAGACUUGAGCCUUCUUGGCCCUGCCUAAUCAUGGCUUUCCAUAAGCAGGACUGGCUGGAGAUGGGAGCCAAGAUCCUGUUCAUCUCCCCUAUUCCUAUUCUAUCACCCUAAGUUGCCUUGGUAGUUGAACUCUCAGGGAUUCUGGGCCCAGGAUAGGGAGGGGUAGAGGUGGGAGGUAGUGCAGACCAGAGCUGUCUGAAUGUAUUCAUCAGGAUUCUCUGAGCCUGCCUCCAGUUCUUACCCUUCAUCUCCCCUAAUUCCCACGGCUCCCAGCCCAGUCACUACAGAUGAAGACCCUUGCCUGCCCCCCUAGGGAUCUUGGAUGAGCAGGUGGUUUUAGGCCUCCAUCCUUCCUACAUUUCAGGGCUUUCGAUCUGGCUUAUUACUGAGGAAAGAAGUAGGACUCAUCUGGAGGUGUUUGAGAGGGAGAGGGGUAAAUCACCAGGAGGGAUCCCCAAGUUGGAACUCUCUCUCAUGGCCUGGGCAUGGAGUAAUCCCGGGGAACUGUGAAUACUUGAACUCUACCCAGCCCCACCCAACAUGUUCCAGGCAGCCUAGGCCCUCCUGGGGCUGAGGUGGGGCACUUUUCUCUAUCUUGCACAGCCUUGGGGCUUGGGAAUAAAGAGAGGGAAGUUCUUGAUUAAGCCAAAUGCAGGAAGGGGAUACAGAUGGAACCUUCGGGCCACCCUAUACCCCCAUCCUCCAGCUGUGUUUGAAAAUAAACUGUGCAAUCCCCCA